UGUGCCGCAUCCUCUUUGUCCAGUCUAUCAUAGUUUUUAGAGCCAGCCCACCUAUGGGUUCAAAUCUCAGAUCUACCGUCUCAAUAGCUUCGCCUGCAAGCUCUGCACUUCAACAUUCUAAAUGAGCAUCCUCAAGGUACUUCAAAAGGGGGUCGAAAAAAUAGUAUGAUUCUCACUAGGUUGAGGAGAGUAUUAAAUUAUAGGAGGCACAGAGUGGGAAUGGAACCAAAGCCAGCUUUACCGUUUACCAAGAGUAGCCCCUUGGGCGAAUCCAGGUAUGGUGAAGGCCGAGAACCUUUCUUCAUCCAGUAACUGACGUCUCCCUGUCACAUCUCACCCCAGGCACAGACUCCAUGCUGGGAGCCAAUCACUCCACAGUGACCCAGUUCAUCCUCAUCGGUUUCUCCGCUUUCCCCCACCUGCAGCUGAUGCUUUUCCUGCUGCUCCUGCUCAUGUACCUGUUCACGCUGCUGGGCAACCUGCUCAUCAUGGCCACUGUGUGGAGUGAGCGUGGCUUCCACACGCCCAUGUACCUCCUCCUGUGUGCCCUCUCUGUCUCCGAGAUCCUCUACACCGUGGCCAUAAUCCCACGCAUGCUGGCUGACCUGCUAUCCACCCGGUGCUCCAUCACCUUCCUGGCCUGCGCCAGCCAAAUGUUCUUCUCCUUCACCUUCGGCUUCACCCACUCCUUCCUGCUCACCGUCAUGGGCUACGACCGCUACGUGGCCAUCUGCCACCCUUUGCGCUACAAUGUGCUCAUGAGCCCGCGGGGCUGCGCCUGCCUGCUGGGCUGCUCAUGGGCUGGUGGCUCUGUCAUGGGGAUGGUGGUGACCACGGCCAUUUUCCACCUCUCCUUCUGUGGACCCAAUGAGAUCCACCAUUUUGCUUGCCACGUGCCACCUCUGCUGAAGUUGGCCUGUGGUGAUGAUGUGCUGAUGGUGGCCCUGGGCGUCGGCUUGGUGUGUAUCAUGGCCCUGCUGGGCUGUUUGCUCCUCAUUCUCCUCUCCUAUGCCUUCAUCGUGGCCACCAUCUUGAAGAUCCCUUCUGUUGAAGGUCGGAACAAGGCCUUCUCCACCUGUGCCUCUCACCUCACGGUGGUGGUCGUGCACUAUGGCUUUGCCUCUGUCAUUUACCUGAAGCCCAAAGGUCCUCAGUCUCCAGAAGGAGACACCUUGAUGGGCAUCACCUACACGGUCCUCACGCCCUUCCUUAGCCCCAUCAUCUUCAGCCUCAGGAACAAGGAGCUGAAAGUUGCCAUAAAGAAGACCUUCUUUAGUAAACUCUAUCCGGAAAAAAUAUAAUGAUCUGGGAGAAAUUCAUUAGCACAACUAAAUUGGAUUACCAAAGGCUAUUGCUAAAAAUUAUAUUUUGUGGUGGCUA